UGGACGCCGAGAGAGAGGCUGUCAGCUGGUUUGUUGUCAUUUUAACCUCAGAACUCCGAACAGGCGGGUCGGUUUUACAUUACGCUGCAAGGAUUAACAGUGUUCUUUAAUGGCAACUUAAAGAAAAACGUGAAGUAUUCUUCAACGUUGCUGGCAUGGCAAAUAAGUCAUCACAAGCAAUGCGUAACCAGUAGGCUUCAACUUCUGCUGCUGAAGUUGACAGCGUCUCACGCACCGGAGUGGAACCAACGGACUAGUUCUAGAACCAGAACUGGCCUUCAACAUGAACGAGAUGAAUUUGAGUCCGGUGGGGAUGGACCAGCUGACCGUGCCAUCCGUCAGCGCGAGCCACCUUGGGCUACCCCCGUCCCCGACGCACAGCUCCAUCGCGCCAGGUAUGCCGGUGGCCAUCCCCAGCUUGGCUCCGUCUCUGGCUCCGUUGCCCUCCGCCUUGUCCCUCAUGCUGCCCAUGGCCCCCCUGGCGGAGCGCGACUACCGCAACUACAGCCUGCCCCCGCCACCAUACCCACACUUGGAGAGCAGCUACUUCAGACACAUACUACCAGGCAUCCUGUCCUACCUGGCGGACCGUCCCCCUCCUCAGUACAUCCAUCCCAGCAGCCUCAGCAUGGACGGCAGCGGUGGCGGCGGGUUGUCGGCGGUAACCAGCAACACCCCCAACCAUGCCGGCCUGGAGCCCUACGGCCCGGGGCCAGGAGGACCUGGGGGGGGCGUCACCCUGGAGGGAGGCCUGAUAGUAGGGGGAGCAGGCCAGGGGGGUGCCCUGGAGAACGGACUGGUGGUCGUGGGGGGAGGAGGAGGGCAGGUACAGGGGGGCGAGGGGCAUGAUGUUGGGGUAGGAGUAGGGGUGGGGGUUGGAGUCGGUGUGGGAGGGGGUCGGGAUGGAGGAGGAGGAGGACUGGGGACCAUGGAGUCUCGCGUCAGCAGCCCGGGAGAUGGGGGCAUGGGGGGUGGAGGGGGCAGGGUGUCGGCCCCCGGUGGGGACGGGGGAGGGGGCGGUGGACUGGGCCCUGAGGGGGGCGUCGCUGGGGGGUUGGUGCUCGUCAACAACACACUGCAGCUGGACGACUCCACAUCCAAUAAGGAAAACAUGGCCUCGGCUUUUAACAUCUGGUGUACUCUGUGUGAGCGCUCAUACCUCUCCGACUGUCCGGAACACGGCCCGGUCACCUUCAUUCCGGACACGCCCAUCCAGACCAGAGCCCGCCUCUCCUUGCCCCGCCCACUCUGCCUACGCGUCUCCCUCUCCGACCAGCCAAUGGGUGUGUUUGCGCGAGAGAGUAUCCCUGCUAGAGCGUGCUUUGGGCCCCUGGUGGGUCAACACUGUAGCAAUGUGGAGCUGGCCGCCUGGACUGACAAGGACAUCCCUCACGUCUGGAAGGUGUUUCAGGAGAAUCUUCAGGAGUUCUGCAUCGUCACCACAGAUGAGAAUCAGAGCAACUGGAUGAUGUUCGUUCGCAAGGCCAGGUCUACUGAGGAGCAGAACCUGGUGGCGUACCUGGACAAUAGGAAGGUGUACUUCUGCGUCUCCCGGGAGAUCCACCCGGAACAGGAACUACUAUAUUACUACAGCAGGGAUUACAGCAGAGACCUGGGUGUUCCCUCGGUACCUGAGAGCCAGGUGUGCCACUGUGGUAAGGAGUGCUCCUCAUUCGCCGAGCUCAAGGCCCACCUGGAAGACCACGCCUCCGACCACACCCACAACCACAACCACUCCCAUAGCCACGCCCACCGCUGCCAUAGCCCCACACACCCCUCUCACGAACUCCACCACCCGCCUCACGGACACGGACACGGACACACACAUGAACACACACACGGGCACGGACACCCAGCCCACCACCAGCCCCUUGGCACCAAACUGACUGUAACGGGCACAGUGAGCCCCUCUGUCUCUGUGUCCACCUCCUCCGCCUCCCCCUGGGUGUGCCAGACUAACGGGGGAGUAGCAGGAGGUGGAGGAGGAGGAGGUGGAGGGGGAGGACCUGGCGUUGGUACCCGAUCUGGAGUGAUGGGAGCUGGGGCUGGGAACGAGGCUGUAGUGGGUGCUACUGCUGGAGGUGGAGAUGGUGCUGGUGCUGGUACAAUGGCGCCAUCUGGCGGUGGUGGUGGUGGUGGUGGUCGGGCGAGGAAGUUUAAGUGCAGCAUGUGUACGCGUGCGUUCACCACCUCCACCAAGCUCAACACUCACUUCAUGGGACACGUGGGCAUGAAGCCUCACAAGUGCGAAUACUGCAGCAAGGCCUUCAGCGACCCCAGCAACCUGAGAAUGCACCUCAAGAUACACACAGGUCAGAAGAAUUUCCGCUGCACUGUGUGUGAGAAGUCCUUCACCCAGAAGGCCCACGUCGAGUCCCACAUGGUCAUCCACACCGGCGCUCGCAACCUCAAGUGUGACCACUGCCACCGGCUCUUUAUGAGGAAACAAGACCUCAAACAACACCUCCUCACACACACGCAGGAUAGCCAGAUCCGCUGUCCCAAGUGUGACAAGCGCUUCCUGAAGAGUAACCACCUGAAGAAGCAUCUGGACUCGCAUGAGGGUCGCCGUGACUACGUGUGUGAGAAGUGCAGCAAGGCCUUCCUCACCAAGUACCACCUCACCAGGCACCUCAAGAUCUGCAAGGGGCCCCAGGGCCGAGGACGACGAGAAGAAGAGGAGGAAGAAGAGGAGGAGGAGGAGGAGGAAGAGGAGGAAGGAGAUGAGGAGGAGGAGGAAGAGGAAGGGGAA